CUUUAGUCACCCGAGCGAACCAACCGGGCGAAGAAGCAAGAAGUUCCGCGUGUGCCAAGUGGCUUGGCGGUCUGAAUGCAGCUAGGAGAAUGCAGCACGGAACGAGAUGUUCGAGAUUCUGUUCGACGAUAAUAGUGCUACUGCUGCUGGCCUGCAUAAUAGACGACACUGGCGGCACUUGGAAAAGGCGGGAGGACAAGACCAAGUGUCCCAAAGUGAAGGGCAUACGAAAUUUUGACAUAUCCCAGUUCCUUGGAUCGUGGUACAUAGUGCAGUAUUAUGCAAGCUCGGAGGAAGCACUCGCGUACAGAUGCAUGCGAGCCGAACUUUCGAUUUCGUCCGAAAGCACGGAAGUCACCAUGAAUUUCACUUACAGUUUUACGGAUGAUCCGAUCAAUGAACAACUUGUUGGUAACAUCACCUGGAAGAUUCCGUCGGCUGAGUUACCUGCUCACUGGGUGCACGCUGAGUAUCCGUAUGAAGGUAUUUAUAAUACGUACGUGCUAGACUCAGAUUAUAAUUCAUGGGCACUGCUCAUGCACUGCGCAGAACAGAGCAAGAGUCCUCGAUACUUAUCCAGCUUCAUCAUGAGCAGAGAGGAAAGCCUUGGACCUAACGUCAUUUCUUAUCUUCGCGAGAAGUUGCCCAAGUACGACAUCGAUCUCGAAUACAUGUUCCCCAUGGAUCAGAACCAGUGUAACAAGACGGAAUCUUCGGAACUGGAUCUGCUGAUUCCGCCAUCGAUAAUGUCCAGGAAAAACUACGCUGCGCGAAAGCAUCCACUAAAGAAGAAACAUCGACGCCUUGAGUUUAAUUCUCAUUCCUAAUUUGAAUAGACGCGACGUUACAUCAUCGUCGAUAUUGUGUCCAUCACAAAUUCGUCAUCUUUGACGUGGAGAUUUUUUGAUCGAUAUCGAGCCUUUUUGAAGAUUGCAGUUGUAACGAGUCAUUAAAUCUACCUUGCUGUCAGGUGCAAUAAUGAAGCUAAAUGUAUAAUUCCAUUAAGAGAAAAAUGGAGGAAGGCUUUGACAUUUUGAAAAUUAAUGCUUUGAGAAAACAUUUUCAUCGAAUAAUAAGUUUUUGGCUUCUUAGAUAAAAUUACGUUUCUUACAGUUCUUCGUAAAAGUGACGAAGCUUGUGUGGAGCAUCAUGCAUUUUACGUUCAAGAAAGUAAGUCAUGAGUAUGUUAUAAAAUAUCUUGCAUUAAAAUACUCACGCUGUUAGGAAUGAUCACGUACUAGUCUAUUAAAGUGUAAAGUGCCUGGAUAUAAUAAAAUUCAGAUAUAUGAUUCGAGAGUGUGUUUGUACAGACGAACUUGUGAUUGAAUUAUGUGAUUAAUGUAGGUACUUAGAACAUUACAAUGUAAAAAAUAUGAUAUUCUGCGAGUCAUGAGCGAACUUGACACUGAGACAACAUGAGCUUAAGUAGACAGUAAGAAUUCCAAUCGUAAUUUGGAUCGCUGGUAUAACGAAACGUUAACUGUGAACAAAAUAUAGUAGAAGUUAUUCAUUCCUUAUUUUCUUUCCUCCAAAUAGUAUUUUAUGCGAUACAAUUACAUUGGUAAUGUUUUUCUAAUAGGUUAUGUAACUUCAUGGAUAUUACUGAUGAUUUUAUAAAGUGUUCAUGUUUAUCCAAUGUUUGUAUUGAAGUAUACUAGUGUCUAAUUCCCAGUAACUAUGUUUACUCUAAUUGCCAUUCUUUUAGAAAAACUUUAAGCAGUAACUAAUUAAAAAUGUGCGUUUUCACUACUAUAUCUGGAAGAAAAUUACUUGAGCAUCCAGUUAGUCCUCUUCGCAGCUCUGAAUCUUCAAUUAGUAAACGAACACGACGAGGAUUACCAAAUAAACGUACAUUCGACACUUUGGGCUAGUU